AUGGGGAUCUGCCAAGGAGGGGAGUCAACACAGGUUCUUUCUCUCUCUGUUUUUCCCUUUUCUGCACAUAAAUCUCACUUAUCAGCUGACCACAUUGGCUCUUAUGGCAUAAACGUCUACCAAUCUUAUGGUCCCUCUGGCCAGUAUACCCAUGAAUUUGAUGGCGAUGAGGAGUUCUACGUGGACCUGGAAAAAAAGGAGACUGUCUGGCAGCUGCCUAUGUUUAGCAAAUUUGCAAGUUUUGACCCACAGGGUGCACUAAGGAAUCUGGCUGUGGCAAAAUCCGGUUUAGACAUCCUAAUUAGACGCUCCAAUUCUACAGCUGCUAUCAAUGAGGUUCCUGAAAUGACUGUGUUUUCCAAGUCUCCUGUGAUGCUGGGUCAGCCCAACACUCUAAUUUGUCUUGUGGACAACAUCUUUCCUCCUGUGAUCAACAUUACAUGGUUGAGCAAUGGGCACUCAGUUACAGAAGGUGUUUCGGAAACCAGCUUCCUCUCCAAGAGUGAUCAUUCUUUCGUCAAGAUCAGUCACCUCAUCUUUCUGCCUUCUGCUGAUGAGACCUAUGACUCCAAGGUGGAGCACUGGGGCCUGAAUGAGCCACUUCUGAAACACUGGGAGCCUGAAAUUUCAGCCCCUAUGUCAGAAUUGACAGAGACUGUGGUCUGCGCCCUAGGGUUGUCUGUUGGCCUAGUGGGCAUUGUCAUAGGCACUGUCUUCAUCAUCCAAGGCCUGCGUUCAGGUGGUGCCUCCAGACAGCAAGGGCCCUUGUGAGUCACAUCUGGCAAGAGAAGGUGCCUUGCCAUCUAUGAGAACAGAAGAAUGGACUUGACAGAUGACCUAGCACUAUUUUCUGACCCAACUUGUCAUGUUUCUUUUUUCCUCCAAAUGUUUCUCCUCUCACUUCUUCUCUGGGACUUAAGGUGCUGUAUCCCCUCGGAGUUCACAUACAGCUUUGAAUUUUCCCCAUGACCCCUUGAUGUUUUUUUUUUUAAUUUCUCAACUGUUACCUACUAAGGGAUGCCUGGAGUAAUCCACUCAGCUACCUAAUUCCUUAGUGACCUUGACCUAAAAUCCCCAUGGAAGCAAUAAAUCCCCUUUUAUGACAUCUA